GAUGUCCGCCGAUCGUCGCAAUGCUUGCUUUGCAAGACUACGCGAGUGAUUCAUCCGGUUCUGAUGAAGAAACAAAGCAAAAGAUUGAAGAUUUGACUGCACAUUUGAAACCAAUACAGAGUGGAAAAUCACUUGUAUCAACUCAAAAGUUGAACGCGGCUCCUUUAGUAAUAACAAAGGAAGAUGUUGGCGUGCAACGUCACUUGGAUGUCACAACCAAAGAGGUGAAGUACAACCCUAAGUUUGAGGAAAUGUUUGCACCUCAGGUUGGGCCCUCUAACCCAUUUAAGACACAACAGAUGCUUGCUACAAAAAACAUGAUUUCCGGUUAUGCAGAGUCAGCACAUUUCAACCAAUUUCAAUUUGAAAAUCAGCGUAGAACAUUUACAAGUUAUGGCUAUGCUAUAGACCCCUCUGUGGAUGUACAAGUGUCAACAGAUCCGCCAGUUGUAGGGGACAGGGUCGCUGCUGAGGAUAGUAAAGGUCUUACUGUAUUUGAGGCUGCACCCAAACGCCCUGAAGACAAGAGGAAGCGUCUGAGAAACUCAGAUGCAGGAGAUAUAGAGGGAUAUCUGGGACCUUGGGGCAAGUUUGUGGACGAGAAAACAGUGAUGAAGCCAAGUGAGGAUGAGCAGAAGGAGCUGGAUGAGAUACUAGCCAAGAGGAGUAAAACAAAUAAGCAGACAGAGGAGAAGACGGCCGAGGAGAAAACUACACUACACAUUAAGGAUGCGUAUGACUACCAGGGUCGGUCCUACCUCCACAUCCCACAGGAUGUGGGCGUGAACCUCAAGUCAGAUGAACCACCAGAGAAAUGUUUCCUUCCCAAAAAACACAUCCACACCUGGACGGGACACACCAAAGGAUUGUCAGCCAUUCGAUGGUUCCCUGUGUCUGCCCACCUACUUCUCUCUUGUAGUAUGGAUUGUAAAAUUAAGAUCUGGGAAGUGUACAACGAACGACGAUGUAUUCGGACAUAUGCCGGACAUAAACAAGCGGUCCGAGAUAUCACAUUCAACAAUGAGGGCACAGAGUUUCUAAGCUGUGGCUAUGAUAGAUACUGUAAACUUUGGGACACAGAAACAGGUGAAUGUAAGUCCCGAUUUACCAGCAGAAAAGUGCCGUACUGUGUGAAGUUCCACCCGGAGCCUGAUAAGCAGCACUUGUUUGUGGCAGGGACCUCUGAUAAAAAGAUUGUUUGUUGGGAUAUCCGCUCAGGCGAAAUUGUCCAAGAGUAUGACAGACAUCUUGGUGCUGUAAACACCAUCACAUUUGUUGACCAGAACCGACGCUUUGUCAGCUCGUCCGAUGACAAGAGUUUAAGAGUCUGGGAAUGGGAUAUUCCAGUGGAUUUCAAAUAUAUAGCUGAUCCAUCUAUGCACUCCAUGCCAGCGGUCACUCUGUCCCCGAACGGGAAGUGGCUGGCCUGUCAGUCCAUGGACAACAAAGUCUCCAUAUUUAAUGUGCUCAACAGAUUCAAAUACAUGAGGAAGAAAACAUUUACAGGACAUAUGGUGGCUGGAUAUGCAUGUAAUGUAGACUUCUCACCGGAUAUGAGUUACAUCAUCUCAGGAGACGCAGACGGAAAGUUGUAUGUCUGGGACUGGAAGACCACCAAACUUUACAGCAAGUUCAAGGCCCACGAUGAUGUGUGUAUCAGUGUUCUGUGGCAUCCACACGAAACGUCCAAGGUGGCAACAGCAGGCUGGGACGGAAUCAUAAAGUAUUGGGACUGAGGUUAAGGUCAUAAAACAUCAAAUGUCACAACAGCUGGUUUGGGUCAAGCACCUGGAUUGAAGCUUAAAAAACAUUUAAGGUCACUAAAGCUGGCUUGGACGGGAUAAUCAAGUACUAGGACUGAGUUCAAGGUCAAUCAACAUUAAAGGUCACAACAGCAGGCUGGGACAGGGUCAUCAAGUACUAGGACUGAGGUCAAGGUCAAUCAACAUUAAAUGUCACAACAGCAGGCUGGGACAGGGUCAUCAAGUACUAGGACCGAGGUCAGUGGCACCAAUAGUAUACUUACAGUUAACAUCCUGGACAACUUUGAUCACACUUUGCCAAUGAAAGAGUUUACCAAGGACAAGUAACAAGAGGCCGUGAAGAUUGAUAUUCAUAGCCGACCAUAGGGAACACAGUGACAAAUAGUACUAAAGUGAGGUACAUAAAGGUGUACAGUGUUUUGUACUUGUUAAUAACACCUCGACAUGAAGGACAUUGUCAAUUAUUACCAGGUGUACUACACUGUAUGUAAGGUAUUCAAACAUGGAACAUAGAGUGGGUCGUUGGUUUAAGGAACUGUUAUGAUAAUAUAUAUAGUGUCAAUGUAUAAGCUGAAGUAUAACAUUAGACACUAUAUAUAUAGUCAAUGUAUAAGCUGUAGUAUAACAUUAGACUAUAUAUAGUCAAUGUAUAAGCUGUAGUAUAACAUUAGACACUAUAUAUAGUCAAUGUAUAAGCUGUAGUAUAACAUUACACUAUAUAUAUAGUCAAUAUAUAAGCUGUAGUAUAACAUUAGACACUAUAUAUAUAGUCAAUGUAUAAGCUGUAGUAUAACAUUAGACUAUAUAUAGUCAAUGUAUAAGCUGUAGUGUAACAUUAGACACUAUAUAUAGUCAAUGUAUAAGCUGUAGUAUAACAUUACACUAUAUAUAGUCAAUGUAUAAGCUGUAGUAUAACAUUACACUAUAUAUAUAGUCAAUAUAUAAGCUGUAGUAUAACAUUAGACACUAUAUAUAUAGUCAAUGUAUAAGCUGUAGUAUAACAUUAGACUAUAUAUAGUCAAUGUAUAAGCUGUAGUGUAACAUUAGACACUAUAUAUAGUCAAUGUAUAAGCUGUAGUAUAACAUUACACUAUAUAUAGUCAAUGUAUAAGCUGUAGUAUAACAUUAGACACUAUAUAUGUAGUCAAUGUAUAAGCUGUAGUAUAACAUUACACUAUAUAUAUAGUCAAUGUAUAAGCUGAAGUAUAACAUUACACUAUAUAUAUAGUCAAUGUAUAAGCUGUAGUAUAACAUUAGACACUAUAUAUAGUCAAUGUAUAAGCUGUAGUAUAACAUUAGACACUAUAUAUAGUCAAUGUAUAAGCUGUAGUAUAACAUUACACUAUAUAUAUAGUCAAUGUAUAAGCUGUAGUAUAACAUUACACACUAUAUAUAUAUAGUCAAUGUAUAAGCUGUAGUAUAACAGACACUAUAUAUAGUCAAUGUAUAAGUUGUAGUAUAACAUUAGACACUAUAUAUAUAGUCAAUGUAUAAGUUUUAGUAUAACAGACACUAUAUAUAGUCAAUGUAUAAGCUGUAGUAUAACAUUACACUAUAUAUAUAGUCAAUGUAUAAGCUGUAGUAUAACAUUAGACUAUAUAUAGUCAAUGUAUAAGCUGUAGUAUAACAUUAGACACUAUAUAUAUAGUCAAUGUAUAAGCUGUAGUAUAACAUUAGACACUAUAUAUAU